AUGACUUCUUCACAUAGCCAAGAACGGAAGGUGGAGAAAAAUGCCCCCACUGCUGAUGUAAGCAUGUCGACAGGUGUUUCAAGGGAAGCUGACAAUGUAAGCAUGCCAACAGAUGUUUCGAGUGAAGCUGACAAUAAACGGUCAAUGACAAAUUACAGCAGUGAGUCCAAUACGCUACCUGUUGUAAUUCCAGUGGUAGUCCGAUCGAGGGAGUCUGGAUGUCAGAUGCAGACGUACGCUUUCUUAGACAACGGAAGCAAUUCAGUUUUCUGUACAGAGGCAGUCAGGAAAGGACUACAAACAAGAGGGCAACUCACCAAUAUCCAUCUUCAAACAAUGACACAAGAUAAGGUGAUAAGAUGUCAAGUUUUGAAGGACUUGGAAGUUAUGGAUCUAAAAGGAAAUAACAUCAUAGAUCUCCAGGAGGUGUUUGUCCAAGACACCAUACCAGUGAGCAAAGAAGAAAUCCCUACAACAGCUCACUUGAAGGAAUAUCCGUAUCUCAGACACCUGAACCUCCCUGAUAUAUCCUGUGAUGUCGGUCUCCUUAUCGAAAACAAUGUCCCAAGAGCUGCAGAACCAUUAGAAGUUGUAAACAGUGAAAAUGGUGGACCAUAUGCAUACAGGACACUGUUGGGAUGGGCAGUAAGUGGUGUGAUAAAGCCAGGUAUUACAAGGAAGAUAUCUUCACAUCGUGUAUCCGUGAAGAAGGACAUUGACCAGCAACUAAUCACAAUGUUUAACCAUGACUUUAGUGAAAGGGUUGCAGAUGACAAGCCAGAGAAAUCAAGAGAGGACCAGAGGUUCCUGAGAGAAAUGAAGAGGUCGACAGAGCACAUAGACGGCCAUUAUCAAGUAGGGCUACCUUUCAAGGAUAGGAAUGUGGUGAUGCCUAAUAAUAGACCACAAGCUGAACAAAGGGCAGCACACCUUCAGAGGAAGUUCGCUAGACAGCCGCAGUUCCAUAGAGAGUAUGCAGGGUUUAUGGAUAAGGUGCUGAACAAACAGUACGCUGAAAGAGUACCAGAAGACAAGUUCCUUAGAGAAGAUGGAAAGAUGUGGUUUAUUCCUCACCACGGUGUAUAUCACCCACAGAAGCAAAAAAUUAGAGUGGUGUAUGACUGUGCAGCUUCUUUCAAGGGCAAGUCACUGAAUGACAAUCUUCUACAGGGGCCGGACCUCACAAAUAGUUUGUCCAGGAAGCUGCAGAGCUAUCAGAGGGCCUACAAGAAGCCUGUAAGGAAGGAGGAUUCCACCUCACAAAAUGGGUGA